GUUAAUCGAAGAAUAAUGUAAAGAAAAAUAGAAUGCUAUAAUAAAGGACUUUUUACUUCAAUGUCUUAAUUUGAACUUAAAUAAAGAUCUAAUGGUAAGACUAGUUUAGGAACUGGAUCUUUUGGAACGGUUAAUUUGGUUUAACACGUUAAAUCAUAAUCACUUUAUGCUAUAAAAUCAAUUUAAUAAUGCAAUAUCUAAACUCCAUAUGAGUAAGAAGGAGUAGAAAGAGAGAUCAAAGUCCAUUUAAAGUGUCAUCAUUAAAAUAUUGUUAAUUUGUAUGAUAGUUUCAUUGAACAUGGAAACGUAUAUAUGGUAUUAGAGUAUGCUGAAAAUGGAAACCUAUAUAAUUAUGUGCAAAGGAAAAAAAGAUUAGAUGAAAAAGAAGCUUGUAAAUACUUUAUAUAAACUUGUAAAGCAUUGCAAUAUUUACAUGAGAUAAAUGUAUUUCAUAGAGAUAUUAAAGUAAGAUAAUAAUGAUAUAAAUAUAUUAGCCUGAAAAUUUGUUGUUGGAUAGCAAUAAUGAUAUUAAAUUAUGUGAUUUUGGAUGGUGUGCAGAAAACAUUCAUCUCAAAAGAAAAACUUUUUGUGGAACCUAUGAAUAUAUGGCUCCAGAAAUUGUUUCUGAUUAACCUUAUGAUUAUAAAAUUGAUAUAUGGUCAGUUGGAGUAUUACUGUAUGAAUUAUUACAUGGAUAUGCGCCAUUUAAAGGAAAAGAAUAUAAAGAGAUUGCAGCAAAUAUCAAAACUGGUCUAAUACGUUAUUCUAGUUCUAUCAAUUAAGAUGCUUAAGAACUUAUUAAAAAUAUAUUGUAAAAAGAUCCAUCUUAGAGAUUAUCUUUCAAAGAUAUUUAUCAAUCUUCUUUUGUUUAAAGAUGCUAUCCAUAAUAAGGAUGUAAUUAUAUUAUUAAAUUAUUAUUUUAGAACUUAAAAUAUCUUUAUCACCAAGAUCUAGUUUUUCAGUUGACUAAAAUUCAAUCUAAAAAUAUUAAUCUCCAUUAAUAAGUCAUAAGUAGUAACCUAUUGGAAGAUUGAAUUAAACUAAUGCAAAUAAUUUAAAUAAUUCAUCAUCCUUAAGUAUUAAAUCACCUAAUAUAUCCAAAACCAGAGUUGAUUCUAAAAAAUAAUCAAAUAUAUUUGAUGAUAUCAAAAAGAAAAUUAUUUAUGAAUAAACUAGCCCUUUAAGAGAUGCUACUAAUAUGCAUAAAAGAAAUUAAGCUAGUUUAACUAAUUUAAUUAAGAAUUCUAAUACUAAAAUUACAUAAAUAAAAAGUCCUUAACCAAAAAAAAUCUAAUUGAGUAAAUACUGUUCAAAAUCAAGAAAUUUUGAUGAAAAUGGAACUGUCAAACUAUUAGAUUAGUUUAAAUCCAUGCCAUCUUUCACUAUUGAAGAUCAAUAACAUACAUAUGAAGAAGAAAAUAGAUUAAAUUUAAAAACUGAUAGGGUUAUUAAAGGGUAUAUAUUUAAUAUUAUCAAUUUAGAUUUAAAAAAGAAUCCCAUUAAUCUUAAGAUCUAGAUAAAAUUUUAAAAAUGUACCUCAGCAUGUGCAGUAGUAGACAAUGA